ACGUUAUUAUAAAGAUGCUUUUUGAGUUUUCAGGCAGAUGGCAUUUUGUAUUUAUUAAAGUUCAGUAAUUUCUAGCAUUUGGAAUGUUUUCAAUAUAUUUAUGCUGUUUUCUUUCACAGGUGAACAGUCGUUCAGACUCUUUCAUGGACAUUUUUUUCUUAAGUGAAAUACUGUUUAGUGGAUACGGAGUUGGUGUGGUUCGUAACCCAACCCUGUAGAUGAAAUCUUCCACAACCAUAUUUUGUGGAUCAAAUGCUGUGUCUUAACAGUCUUCUGUUCCAGUGUGUUUUUGUUCUUCCUCAUUUCUCACAGCUUUUGAUUUUCAUGUUUUGGUGUUCUAUUCCUGAAAGAUGAAAGGUUCGUGGAUGUUUCAUUAUAGGAUCAGUAUCCAUGCAAAUUGACCUAAGGUCUUGGUUUUUGCUCAGAUUUUAUGUUACCUAAUUUUAAUUUGUUAACUCUGCUUUUGUUCUCAUUAUCUUUGCCUUCUCUCUAAUUUUUAAUCUUUCUGUUCCAUUUUGUUUCUUGACUCUAAGUUCUUUGCCCUGGUUAAAGAGAGUUUAAAUAAUUUACAUUUAUUAAAAGAUUUUUUUUUAAAUGUUUAUUUUUGAGAGAGAGACAGAGCACGAGUUGGGGAGGGGCAGAGAGAGAGGAAGACAGAGAAUCUGAAGCAGGCUCCAGGUUCUGAGCUGUCAGCACAGAUCCUGACAUGGGGCUUGAACCCAUGAACUAUGAGAUCAUGACCUGAGCCAAAAUCGCACUUAACCAACUGAGCCACUCAGGCGCCUCUGGUUUACAUUUAUUUUAGCAACUGAUAGGUGUUUCGUGUAUUCUGCAUUCAAUGCUUCCUUGCUAUAUUGUAUCGUGAACUUUGUUUUGUUUGCUUUUAUGCUCUUAUGUGUUUGGAACUUAAAUUUAAUUUCAAAAUCUACAAACUAAGCUUAUUUUUCAGUAUAUUAAACAAAAACAAUAUAUUUAGACUCUAAUGUCCCCCCCCCACUUUCUAAAAUGUAGUCUUCUAGAACUGUAUCAUUAGUGAAUUUCAAUAUUUUGUUAUGUUUUUCUUUUUCAAGAGUUGUUUUUUACUUUUACCAUGUUUAUAAUCAUAUACAGACUUGACUAUUUAACUGUCAUUUUGAUCAUCAGUGCUAUAAUACUUUAAAUCCCCAAUUUUCCUGGUUCCUAACUUCUUUUCAUCCGUAGUGCGCAGGAUAAUAGUAGCAACAACAACAUACAACAUUUAUUAAGUAUUUACAAAGUGCCACUAUAGGCACUUAAAUGUGAGCUAACUCACGUUUAAUCUUCUCUGUGUCGUUCUGAGGUAGAGUCCACUAAUUAGUCCACUGGGCAGAUGAAGAAAUGGAGGCACUGAGAGCUGAACUAAUUUGUCCAUGGAGAGCCAGGACUCCGGAUAGGUUCAGGUCUCCAUCCAGAGUCCCUGCUCUGAAACUUUCACUCCUACUGCCUCCCCUCUGUUGCCUGGGAAAGAACACACUCACACAUAUUAAGAAACUUAGGGUAGGUGUUAGAUUUUUUUGAGUCUUUUCCUGUGUCUGAAAGAGUGUCCUUAGGACUUUUAGACAUAAACCAUCAGUGUAGUUAAAUAUGAAAUUCCUGAGUCACAAUUUUUUUUUCAAGAGUAAAGUAAAACUAUCCCUGCCAUGCCAUGUGGUUUUACUGUUGCAGAGGGAAAGUCUAAGGCCAGCCUGGUGUUUAUUUCUUCAGGGGCAACCUGUCCUUUCCUCCUUGCCCCAACCCUGCCUGUAUGUUGUUAGAACUUUUUUCUUUAACCUUAAAAUUCAAACAUUUGCUAAGGGUUGUCCAGGUGUGAGUCAUUUUGAAUUAUUUUUGCCUAAAGUUCUGAAAGCCCCUUUGAUACCAAAUUUAAAUAUUUCUUUACAUCAGAAAAAAGUUUCUGAAUUAUAUCUUUGCUUAUAACUCCCAUUCAUGUUGGUGCCUCUUUGAAACACCCAUUAUUCUUUGGUUGGAUUUCUUCUCCUUGACCCCUUAGCCAUUAUCUUUUCCCUAGCAUUUAGAUCUGUCUCUUUCCUCUAAAGCAGAGGUCAAAAAACUUUUUCUGUAAAGAGCCAGAUAGUUAAUAUUUUAUGCUUUGUAGAAUGAGGCAAAAUCGAGGAUAUUAUGUAGCUAUUUAUAUAACAAGAGAAAACAAAUUUCUAUAAAUUUUUUAUUGAUGCAAUUUAAAAUAUAAUAAUUGAGUAGUGUUUUGUUUUGUUUUGGUAAUACUGAUUUAAUGAGCAGAAUAUAAUUCUUUUGGGGAGAGAUAACUUUUUGCUUAAUUGGGGUUCAAAGUUCCCUAUCAUUAAUUGAUUACAAAUGUUCAUCUGUAAAAACCAUCCUUAGCUCACAGGACAUAGCAAAACAGACGGCCGGCCGGAUUUGGGUUUCAGGCUGUAGUUUGCCGACCUCUGUUCUAAUGACUUGGAGAAUUUCUCCAAUUUGUCUUCUACCUUUCAGGAUUGAUUUUCUGUAUUGUCUUUUUUGCUUUUUAUUGCUUUGGAUCUGAGUUUUAAACUUCCAUUUAUUCUUUUAAAAUCAUAGCCAUUUUCCUUUAAAAGUCAACCUAUUGACUUUUCAUAUCAUAUUCAUCCCUGGCUUUUGUUCAUUUUGGACCUGUGUUUUUUUAGAUUUCAUUGGGAAUACAAAGCAGAAGUCUCCUUAAAAUAGUCAUGUUUUAAGUCUUUUUCAGAUGAUGCCCUGAGUGCCUGCAGGGGAGUGUGCACCUUGUCCUGAAACUUGUGUGUUUCAUAGGCGCGUGUGAAAUCCUUUUUAUAGUCCUGUUCCCGUGAAGACAGAUUUAAGCAGUCUGUCAACAAUUAAACAGAUACGUGGCUUCCCUUUCAUCCCCUCACCCAUUACCUUCCUUCCCGUAUUUUAAGCCAAGAGUGUGUGGUUCCACCUCACUUCCCACUCAUGUCUCCAACCCUUUCUCCUGGUGUGACUUUGUCAAAAUUAAGCCGAUUCUUUCCUGUCGCUUCUCGUCGUUUAAAAUUUUGAGAAUGCAAAUCUACUUCUGUAUUGCCAGAGGUAGUCUGCACAUCUUAUUUAACUAGACCAGUUAAUGUAAACCAGUAACCCCCACAGUGGACUGCUUCCCGCUCUGUAGUCUCCAGGCCUUGUCUGUCUUAUUAAUGGGGCUCCUGUGAAAACUUGAGAUUGAAUAGUACAUGUAGUUAAGAAGUGCGUGUGAACCCGAAAAGGCAAAUCUCAGAAGUUUUCUUAAGCAAACCCAACCCCUACCAGGUACAUGUAAUGUAUUUGUCUUUCUUUUGCUUAGAAAUGAAUAAUGUGUUUCAUGUCCCAGAGUUACAAAUUUGUAGACGUUAGAAUGUAUGGUUUUUUUUCUUUUUAAACUUUUUAUGUUCUUCAGCGAUUCUUUGGAUGCACUUUCAGCUUUUGCUCUUCAUAUAAGUGUUCUUGAUAAAUGUUACCAUAAAUGGCCCUUUCCCGUGGGUCACAUUCCUAGGAUAUGAUUUGUUUUCCUGUCAGCUUUAGUUAGUAGCACCCAAUUCCUUGUCCUUUUCCACUCCGUAUUGUGAAUUUUAGAUGGAAAUAAGAGGAUACAUCUUGAAGCUCUGAGAGAUCUUGAGAUUUACAAAACAAGACUAAGAUGUGGAAGAAGAUACCGUGUAAAUAAAGAGAAAGAGAAGCAUACAUGCAGAUAACAGGUGAUCUGCAACUCCUUCACCGUCUGUAAUGCGGAGAUGCAGGAAGUUGGCGUUGGCCUAUAUCCGAGUAUGUCUUUGCUCAAUCACAGCUGUGACCCCAACUGCUCCAUCGUGUUCAACGGGCCCCACCUCUUGCUGCGAGCAGUCCGCGACAUCGAGGCGGGAGAGGAGCUCACCAUCUGCUACCUGGACAUGCUGAUGACCAGCGAGGAGCGCCGGAAGCAGCUGAGGGACCAGUACUGUUUUGAAUGUGACUGUAUUCGAUGCCAAACCCAAGACAAGGAUGCUGACAUGCUUACUGGUGAUGAGCAAGUAUGGAAGGAAGUUCAAGAAUCGCUGAAAAAAAUUGAGGAACUGAAGGCACAUUGGAAGUGGGAGCAGGUUCUGGCCAUGUGCCAGGCGAUCAUCAGCAGCAACUCGGAACGGCUUCCCGAUAUCAACAUCUACCAGCUGAAGGUGCUCGACUGCGCCAUGGACGCCUGCAUCAACCUGGGUCUGCUGGAGGAGGCCUUGUUCUACGGAAUUCGGACCAUGGAGCCAUACAGGAUCUUCUUCCCAGGAAGCCACCCGGUCAGAGGCGUGCAGGUCAUGAAGGUCGGCAAGCUGCAGCUGCACCAGGGCAUGUUCCCGCAGGCCAUGAAGAACCUGAGGCUGGCUUUUGACAUUAUGAGAGUGACACACGGCAGAGAGCACAGCCUGAUUGAAGACUUGAUCCUCCUCUUAGAAGAAUGUGACGCCCACAUAAGAGCAUCCUAAGGGGCGCAGGCAAAGAUAGCUCAUACCCAUAUUGAAUGCCUGGUGGAGGUCACAUGUGCCGCACUGUUUGUGGGCCUCCCCUCUGGGAAUGCUAGGCUGUGUUUAUGUAGGUAAAUAAGCAGGCAUACCAUGUGCAAACCACAAGAAUCAUUAGUUGUAGAGAAGCACAAUAAUAAAUACAAAAAAAGUGGUUGAAAAUGUCAUCUGCUAAUUGUUUUGUUUACUCGUUGGUGACUUUAAUGUUCCACAUCUCAACAUGAAGGCUAGAAAGUUCUAGUAAAAGCAUAGCAGUGUACGUUGAAUCUUCUCCUUGAAUAUCUGGGGGGAUAACUGGAUAAAAAUCAAUGUUUUUACAAGCAAAAACUUAAUGUCCAUUUUGUCAAAAAAGCAGAAUGUUUUCUUUACUGUUUGUAGUAAAUGAUAAUAUAUAUCCAUUAUUUAUACCCCAAUACAUCUCUAACACAGAAAGUAUUAUCCUAGGUCCUAGAAAGAAGUCAUUUUAGGUGCUAUUAGAAAAGCAUAGGAAGUCUUAAUGGGAAAAAAAUGUUUUUUUCAAAUGUCUUGGGUUCUUUGUAUAAUUCUUCUGUGCAUUCUGUAACUCUGUAUAUGUCAUGUUUUUUUAACUUGGAAUUUUUUUCUGUGAUUCCCUCCAUCUGUGGCUUGACCAUGUGAUGUGCAUGCCACAAAGCUCCCUCACCCUGCACCCCAGCUCACAUCAGGUUUGUUUUUGCUUCCUCCUAUUUCCCAAUCCCAUGGCUGCUUUUCCCCCUUUCUGCAUUAGACAAAUUCAGAAAAAAAGGUGGUUUGUUUUAUGGCUCCGUGACCCUGUGAGCAGUUCAGUCCCUCCUGGUUGGAUGGGGCCCGGGCAGGAGUUGCAGCCCUUGGUUCCGGCGGCUGCGGGCGUUCUUAGGGAGGCCCCAGUCAGCCACACCUUAUUUUACAAGCCAGGAAAGGAGCUACUUACUGGGAGUUGUGGCCUGGCCCCUCACACAGGGAGAGACAAAGCUUCCAGCCACAUGGCCACGGCAGGCGGCAGAGAAAGCUGGCCACUGGAAGCCGGAAUCCACUUGACCAAUGCCUGGCAAUUACUCGGACCAUGGAAAUGUGCUCAGUAUCGGGCUUGCUGGUGCACUCUGUACCUUUCUGUCAGCUGGCCUCUGCCCCAGCCACAGGCAAGUAUCAAGCCUUAUCUCCGGGGCACACAGGAUCUCCAGUAACCACAGUAGCACAACACAGUAGGUAUUCUGAAGCCCAUUUUAUAAGAAAACAGAGGCCCAGCAUCAGUGCUCUGGAAUCCUUCCUAAUUUACUAAGUUACCUUGAGAAAGUGGCUUCAUCUCAGUCUUUAUGAACAACCAACUCUACCCAAUUCAGCAAAUAUAUAUUGGAUAGUUACUGUGUGUUUAGGAAAAGGCAAUACAAAGACUGAAUAAGUUAUGCCCCUUGUUCUCAAAAUGCACACUCUCUGGUGUAGUAUUUGUGUCCGUUAGCUUUUACUGUGUAACACGCUUAGUGGCUCAAGAUAACACUUAUUCACGAUUCUGUACGUUAGCAGUUGAGCUAGACAGUUCUGGUGUGGUCCAGGCGUGGCUGAUCUUGGCUGCCUACACCACCGUCUGCAGUUGCAGGUGGGUCGGCUGGGGAAACGGGGGUGACUGAGGCUUGUAGCUCCCCGGGUUAGCCCAGCCUUGUUCCCGGGGCAGCAGGGUUCCAGGAAAGGUAAGCAGGCAAGCCCCAAUGUGCAAGCACUUCUCGUAACUGCUUGUGUUGCAUUUGCCAAUAUCCCACGGGCCAAAGCCAUUCACAAGGCCGGCCCAGAGUCUGGGGUGGGGAGAGCCUCUUCUCUCAGUCAUCCAAUCGCAAGGUGUGGAAAGAGAGGGAGGUAUUGUGGCCAUCUAUGCGAUCCAUGUUAUAGAACUUUGAGUGAAUUGGAUGAAAUUUAUAGACCUUUCCAGAAACCCAUGUACAUAUAUAUGAACAAUUUGCUUUUAGGAUCAGGGACUCUUGAGCUCCCUGUGGUCCAUCAGCAGACUCCCUGGAGUCCUUCGCCUAAUGAGAAGUAGAUUUGCUACCUUUCAAAAGCACUGAUGGGAAUUACGUUGGCUCGUCAUUUUAAAUUCAUUAGGGAAAGAAAGAAGCCAUAACAGAAGGUCGGGGUAGGAACUCACGUGCCAAAUGAGCAGAGUUCGCUGAUAGAACCCUGUGUUUGCCAGUUUUCUGAAAUUUAUCAGUGAUGAUCCUGGAUAAGGAGAUUUGCCCUCACGCCUCCUCAAAAAAGCAUGACAAGCUUUUAAAUCCCUCUCAGCUCACUUCCCGUUGUCUGAGAGAAGGGCCCCUAAGAGGGAGGGGCCCUGCUUGCAUCAACUUUAAUAGAAAGCAAACAUUUAAGCAAUGGUAAAUGUUUACCCAACAUCUUUACAGCAAAAUAACUUUGGAGAAGGGGGAAGGGGACGGAGAACAUAAUUUAAAAUCUGUGUCACCAGUGGCUGACGAUUUAUUGCCGCCCCAGCCUCCAGGACUGCUAUUCCAUUAAUCCAUAGAUUGUAGCGGCAGGCUUUUUUCACAUCAGUAACUUGACGCCAUUAGUUGUUCCUCUGGGAUAAGAACACAUUUAAACUGAAAAUGAACACACUGGGCAUAAUUUAUGGCCAUGCCAUAUGAAUGCCAAGAGUACAGGCAGGACGGCUGCCUGGAAGGCCUGCUCACCCUGGGAGCUCAAGGCGGCCUUCCUCUAGCCGGGCAGGAAUGCAGGCAGCAGAGAGGGCGGCCACAGUGUGGCGAGGCCAGACAGCCACAAACCACAGAGGUCCCUCCGUCAAGCUUCACAGUGGGAAUGAAAGAGACAGUCCUGCGUGGGGGCCCUCCCCUGAGCUCUGUCUCGAGUAUUCUCUUCUGGCCCAAUCAGGAAACGAUGUGACACUCAGAGUAGCCCACAAGCGAAGUUCCUGAGUCAAGGGUAAACGCAUAUGUGAAAUACUGUGGCAUUUACCUUGAGCCGGUUGUAUGACAAUGCCUGCCUCCCCUCAGUCUUGACAACAGGGUGGGUUUUUCAGCUUUUGAAUGUUGUGCUAAGCUCAUGGAUGAGAAAUGGUAUCUCAAUGUACUUUUAAUUUUCUUAUUGGCAAAGUUUGAGGUCUUCAAAUAUUUAAAAGCCUUUUGUCUAACUUUCUGUGAAUGCUAUUUGCCUGUCUUUUGUCCAAUUUUCUAUCAGACUGUUGUGGGUUUUUUUUUUUUUUUUCCUUUUCGUCUUUUUUCCCUCAUCUUUAGUCGUUUCUAUAUUAGGAAGAUUUUCCCUUUAUCUGUAAUAUUUCAUCUCUCAGUUUGUCACUUGUUUUUUUGACUUUUCUUUAAUAUUUUGCCCUGAGUUCCUUUGGAUAGCAUUUUCAAAAAGGCAUUUCAUAAGAAAUCUACUCUAGGGUAAGCCGGGGUCCUAUUGUAAAGUUAAGCACCAUGAAUCCUCCUCAAAUGGUUCCUGAUUCUUAGCUGUUCCUGAGUUGAGUUGAUAUUUUAAAAAAUCAUUCUUCUCCAACAUUCUGGCAUCUUCCUGUCUUCAGCCAGCACCUUGCCUGGUCAAGGUUCUUCACCUGGUGGAAGUUCAGUUUAUCAUUCCUGAACUCUCUUGACACUUAAUGGUCUUGCCAUGUUGGGAUGCCUCAAUCUUCCAUUAAACUGAUUUACUUGUUAGAGAAUCCCCUGGUUCAGACUUGGUCCACCCCACUAUAUAGCAGCAAUUAGAGAUUGGGAUUCAGUCAAUUCAACCAGAAUAGUAAUCUGCUUCUUUGUCUUUUGAUUCAGAGGCAUGAUGAGUCCAAAUGGCCAUAAGGCAGUCUGUCCAUGAUUAUGGAGCCACUGUUGUAUUCCCUGGAGGAAUCAUUUCUCCUUUAGAAACCUAGACAUAUAAACUAGCAGAUCAAAAAGUCACAGGGCUAGGAAGCAAAAAUUCCACAAGUGCAUUAUUAACUGUAAUUGUGAGAGAAAAUGAUUUACAAACCUUUUUAAAAAUAUGUGCCAACAUAGCAUAUUAAAAGUAAAUAUAGAGGGGCACCUGGGUGGCUCAGUUAAGUGCCCGACUUGGGUUCAGGUCAUGAUCUCACAGUUCAUGGGUUCGAGCUCUGCAUUGGGCUCUGUGCAGAUAGCUCAGAGCCUGGAGCCUGCUUCAGGUUCUUUGUCUCCCUCGCUCUCUGCCCCUUCCCUGCUCACGCUCUCUCUCUC